UUAAUGAGAUACUAGGAAGAAGUCAGAAGCAAAAUAUUGUUAACGAAAUUAAUCUACCAGAGAAAACAGUUACAUCAAAUAUUGAACUGGUUAAUGUUUUUAAUGAUUAUUUUACCGAUGUUGGUCCUAAACUUGCUGAAAAAAUUGAAUACGAACACAACUGUAGCCUUCGAGAUUUCAUUCCUCAACAUGAACCAGUUGAGAGAUUUAUUUUCCAACCUGUAAAUGUUGCAACAGUUUAUAGACUUAUAACCAAAUUAACUAUCUCCAAAGCUACAGGUAUCGACGAAAUUUCAGCUAAAGUAUUAAAGGCUGCAGCUCCUGCUAUUGCAGAGCCUUUAACAAGGAUUUUUGAUAUGUCUAUUGCCACUGACAGAUUCCCGAUGGAGUGGAAAGCAGCACGAGUAACUCCAAUUUUUAAAAAAGGCCAACGGACUAUGUUAGACAAUUAUAGACCAAUUUCAAUUUUACCUGUGGUCUGCAAACAACCUCGUUCCCAGGCUCUUUGCUCUUGGGAAGCAAAGACCCUGGUCGGAGCUGGUCACGUGAACCCCCAGAUUUGGGGGGUAAAUUGAAUUUGACCUCAGGGAGGGGUAGUAGAGGAGUCUGUUUGUUGCGUUUGGAAAAUUGCAACUUUAUGUGUUAUAAUUUCGGGUGAUAAAAAUGUAAUUUGCAACAAGAGAUUGUGAAAGGAACUGGUUUAAAUUGUACCGAUCAUGACAAGACUUCCUGCUGUACUGAAUGUCAUCAAUAAUAAGUGUUGCGGUACAUUUCAAGCGAGAAGCUGGAUCAUAUUUCACUUGCAAGGAAAGCACUCCACACGCGCCUGGCUUGCGAAGUUAGCACGUAUCGUCGUAGAAACAUACAUAUCUUCUACACAGAAUGAUCGAUCAAACGGUAUUAAACUAACGAUAUGGUUCUUUGGUGUUCUGUCCGAUAUUCAAAACAAAAGAUUUAUUUUAUAACGGGAUCCUUUGAUUUCCCAAACAUCGCCAACAUGUGUAAACAAUAGUGCUAUUUUGACUGUAAAAGCACAGGAUUAAAACCCGUUAUGGACUGGCUAUAAAAUUCAUUUCAUUUACAUUGCUGAAACUCAACGAUCAAGAAAGAUAUAAAAUGUCGAAGUGUAGCUAGCUAUCUAUAUGCACCAGACACUGGUAUUGUACUUUAUAUAAAUUAUUUCAUAUUUUGUGUAUACAGUAAUUUGCAACGUGUAUAAUAUUAGACCUUUCAUUGACAUUGGCCAUUGAGGGCUUUAUUGAAGAAUAAUCCAGGUUCUUUAGACUUGUAUAAUGGAUUAAUGCCGCUGUGAGUUAUCAAUACUUAAAUCAACUUUAAUCUUUAUCGUAUUCCGUAACCGACAUUUUAGAAGUUUAUAGUCUGUUUUACCAAACAAUACUGGAGGCAAACAACCUAUCUAUCAAUGGAAACUUUAAAAGGUUUGUUACAGUAAAACUCAUUAAUACAGGGACCGCGGAGACGGGGGGGCUGGGGGGGCUUUAGCCCCCCCACUUUUUUUGACAGCCAAAAUUAUUAAAAUAGAAAUCUAAAUGAAACUUUCUAAAUUAAUUAAACCUCACCCUUUAGCCCCCCCACUCUCUAAUACGCUCCGCGGGCCCUGUAAUAUAAGCGAGACUUCAUGUGCAUAUACAUUUUAUGAAUUAUGUAUAUCCUGAUAAAACGUAGGACACUUUAUAGUUUAUACCAGAUGUAAUAAAAAAUACAUUGCUAAACCUUUUCUGCUGUCAUUCCUUUGCAUUUAAGGGGAGAGGGUAAAUGGCGAUAGAAUUUAUAGGAGAUGCUGUGCAAUAUUUUGGCUUCAACAAACAGGUACUCGUGCAGACAAAAAAGAAAAUUCAUGCCAUGUAAUAAUCAUGCAGUUGUGAAUUGUCGUAUGUCAGCUGUGCACUGUCCAUUUCAAACAAUUUUGUACGUUAUAUUUUGUCUUCCUGGUGUUUAAUAUAAACGAUGAUAACCUUUUAAAAAAUGAGCAAUAUGUCUAUAAACAGUUUUAGAAUCAAUAGAAUGGACAUUCAAUGUGUAUUUGGCUUGUGUCCAAAUGUGUCACGUUUAAGACCGGCAAGGCGCUAAUCCUACGACCUAUAAACAGUCGCUUUUGAGACACCUGUUUAACAAAAUUUAUACCGUGUCCAUAUUAGAACAAUUCAUUGGUAUAUCAUAAGCAUAUUAUAAAAAUCAGAGCCAGAACAGAAACGUAAGCGUGAAAUGAAACUACGCCCGAACCGGCGAACCCCGAGAAAAUAAAAAUAUUUCAAAGCGUACAGUCAUACGUUCUCGUUGCUUGAUUUCCUGAAUUUUCUGUUGCUAUAAGAAUCUGCAUUUUAGCAUGUUUGUAUAAUUUAAAAGCAAACAGAAACCAAUUUAGCAAGUAGUUUGAGGUAUAUAUGAUUCUCGAAGAUGAAUUACAUGAUUGUACAGAACGGCCACUCCUUGCAAUCGAAGUGCGAAGUCCGGUAGUGGAAACAUGUAAUAUGAGACUUUUCCAUCCCCCUCUUGGGCUAUCAAUUUUCUAUGGGUCACGUGACCAGCUCCGACCAGGGUCUUUGCUUCCCAAGAGCAAAGAGCCUGGGAACGAGGUUGGUCUGCAAACUGAUGGAAAGGAUUCUGUACGACCAAAUGUAUGAUUAUUUAAAGAAACAGAAUAUUCUUUCAGAACAUCAGUUUGGUUUUAGACAAUUUCAUUCCACAACUACCACACUUUUAGAUUGUACUAAUGAAUGGUAUAUUAACAUGGACCGUGGCCUAUACAACACAGUUGUUCUUCUCGAUUUAAAGAAAGCAUUCGAUACUGUCAACCAUGAGAUUCUUUUACGUAAGUUCGAACGGUAUGGCUUUGGUAAUAAAGCCCUAGAUUUACUAAGUAAUUACUUAACAAAUCGAACACAAAGAUGUCAGCUAAAUGGAAUGCUUUCAGAUCAGAGAGGAAUAACUUGCGGCAUCCCUCAGGGAAGUAUACUUGGCCCUCUUCUGUUUAUUAUCUAUAUAAAUGAUUUGCCAAAUUGUCUCAAACAUACAACACCAAGGAUGUUUGCAGACGAUACCAGCUUUACAGCUGUGGGCAAAACGUUAAAUGAAGCAGAAGAGAUAGCGAAUAAGGAUUUGAAAAAUAUUAAAGUGUGGUUGUCUUCAGACAAACUUAGCUUAAAUAUUGCGAAAACGGAAUAUAUUUUGAUUGGAUCACGUUCUAAGAUUAAUAGCAUGGAUGUCCAACCCACAGUUAAGAUCGACACAUGUCCAAUCAAAAGAGUAAAAAGCGCAAAAGUACUAGGAGUUGAAAUCGAUGAGAACCUAAACUGGGAAAAACAUAUUGAAUAUAUCGCUAGUAAAGUAUCUUCGGGGAUUGGUGCGUUAAAAAAACUUAAAGAAUUUGUAGACCGAGAUACAUUAGUGCUGGUGUAUAAUGCAUUGAUCCAGCCGCAUUUUGAUUAA